AUGGAGAUCCGCGUGGAUUUACAGCCCCAGAGAUUACUGGUUCAUCCGACUACUCUCGCCAAGCAUUUGCAAGCCAUCCUCAAGAGUGACACUUCGCAAGAAAAUAUCAACCGCAUCAACACGCAAAUUCUUCAUCAGACCCAAAAUGAGGCAGCUACAUGCACUGUCUACCAAGUGUGGUUAUUUCUCGCUUGGCGAUAUUCACCGCACCUUCUGCCGGCUGCUCUGCGUGACCAGACAUCUGCCGGAGUCCGCAAAGCAGGUAUCAAAAUCUUACGGCACAUAUUUAGCAGACCCUCGCAGCAAGUGCGUGGCUGGAGUCUUCUUGGAGGUGUCCAGGGAAUCAAGGCUAUUCUUGAUGGACUCCCACUUGCUGAAGUGCGUUUACUCAUUCGGGCCAUUUCCCAGCCUGGUCACGACUCAGACAGUGAAUUGCUAGCGACAUAUUUCGAUGAACUUGUGGCUCUGACCGACUCAUCAGAGAAUUGGACUACGAGAUCAAUUUCGCGAUAUGUGGCUCCGUUGUAUGCACACUGCAGUGCACGGAAGGUCACGGAGGUCUUAAAAUCUGGGAUUCCCAGAUCUGGGGCCUUCUGCCGCCAUCUCGGUCGGACGCACCCUGAUCUCUUGCGACAGAUCGCGAUUGGUGCAGUGGAGGUACCUCUCUCUGUGCGUCAGUAUACCUUGGGGACGUAUUCAGAUAUUUUAUUGCGAUCAAAUGAACCGUAUAGUCAGGUUCAUGCCACCGUAAUUUACUCUGGCAAUCUUGUUGGCCUGACAUUUGGUAUGGACCUAUUGUCGCAAAUCAAAUCCAAUGAUCCUGCCCUACGCACAAAUGGGCCCUUCAUUCGCAAAUGGACUGGACUAAUUCUAAAUCUGGCGAUUCGUCGAAAAGUGCCAUUUGAUGAUAUCAUGCCUAUUAUCAACUUCAGCUUAGAAAUGUGCCGAAGUGCAGAUUCUUCCAAUUGGUUAUCUCAGAACCUUACCAAGGAGGUCAUUCGGUGCUGGUCGGUAGCACGUUUCGGCGGUUUUGGAGUUGAACACCCAUUCGAUAAGGUCAUGAAACAAGUCGGACCUUCAUCUCCUUCCCGGCCUGGGGCUACUAACCAAGCUGCACUACGGCAGUGUCUAAUAGAGCAGGUGUUGUCAACCAGAGACGAACGGUUUUCCGUGCAGGUGAGAUUUGCAGAGCUCAGCCACCAAUUAAGUCUACUGCUCUCAUAUGUCCACAUUGACGGAAGACUCGAAUUUCUUCAGCUACUCUGCAAGCAUUCACCCACUUUAAACUUUGAUCUCACAGUGUGGCCCCCUUCGGCAGAAGAACGGAAGCUCUUCCCGGUCUGGUCGUACCAUGUUUUGUGCAGAUUGCCCAAUUCUCAUUCGAAGUCGCUCUUCGAACGGUCACUACAUAAUCAAAAUUGCGACACGUUUAUACCGGACGACCUAGUGGAGCGGAAUUCUUGGGCGUUGGAUUGGGCAUCGCAAUGCUCUCUGUGGGCAGGUUGGGAGUGCUCAACUGCCACAAGAAGUGAUGGCUUCCCAGUAACCCACAAAGCUCUCGCUGACAUGAAGCAACGAGCAGCACGUGGCCGAGAAUCAGACGAGCGAUUACUUUGGGCAAAUGCGGCAAUACAUCUUGCCUCGGAGACAAAGUGUGUGGACAUUUUCUGCGACUUGGUGGAUUGGAGUAAACGAUUUUUACGAGACCAAAAAGUCUUCCCUCGUAUCUUGACCGCGGUCUAUUCGAAGGCCGGAAAGAUUCUCUCCUGUGGAGUCUAUACGCUACCUACAAAGCCUGCAUCAGAAUCCAACCUUCAAGUUGAGGUUCACAGGGCAAAUCUGACUUUGAAGGACCUACUUGAAAGCAUACUACUUUUGCUUCGUGAACCUUGGGCUUCAAAUAUGAGAUCUAUGACAUCCGGGGUGGAUUCCAUGUUCUCCGAUAUCCUCCGUCGGAGGAUAGACGCGGUUCAAUCCUAUACGGCUGACUGUGUAGCGACUGAGUCGAAGCUGGUUGAGAUACUUCUCUACUCUUUGCUACCCAUUAUCAUUGAAUACGAAUCUCGAGCAAAUCCGGAAGAACAGACGGCCUUUUCCUGGAGCGGUCCAUCAGGGUUAAUCCGGAAUUUCAGAUGCCCCGAUCGCCCGAACAGGGUCGAGCUUGCCUUUAUUGACCGACUUGGAAGGGAACGUGAUUGCCUUUGGGCAGAUAUACGGGCUUGCAGGAACCCCGAUGUCUUGGUUUUAGAUCCUGGUUGGCCUCGCGGGCUUCCACUCCAAUACUUGGCGCCAGAUAAAGCAUGGUUGUACCAUGCCUUGAAGAAUUCUGAAGAAGCACCAUUCCUGUCUUCGAGGUCUCAUGAACUUCUGUUUAGCCCACGAGACACUAUCGUCGCCUCGUUACCUCAAGACAUAGAGGCCGUCGGUAGCUUUGUGGAUGAUUUGGGCUUUGCAGUUCAUGCUACGAUUUCUCGUGGGGAACAACCAGACAAAGAGAAUUGGGUGAGACGAAUCUGGGAGCAUUAUUCGUCAGCUUUGCUGAAACAUCCACUGCAGCUUGAGCUUUUUCAAGAAUGGCUAGUCAGGAUCCUUCAAAGCUUUGAAUAUAAUCACGCGGAGGAGACAUUUGAUACAGCCGAGGCCAUCAAAAUUAUACAGCCUCCUAUCGCAGCCCCUGUCCCACUAAUAUCGAAUGUUCCAGUUGGAUCGGAUAUGACAGAAUGGGAUCCACAAGAAGAUUUUGAGCAUGUGAUGGAAUCCUGCAAGCCUUUAAUUGACGCCAAAAGACCGAAAUUAAUACCAUGCAUCGUUCUCAAUUCUCUAAUUCGAACCAGCAGACGAGUUGCAGAUGGGGUUGUACGCACCACGAAAAUCAAGGGCAGACCAGGACCCAAUCCCUUAGCACUUUGGUUGACAGAUUCUUCAUCCGCUGCCACAGGAAAAACCCGCACUCUUGACAAUCAGGAAGCAGUGAUUUUGUCAGCUCUACUUUUUCUGGAUACCUCCACCCCAGAUUCACGACUCCUGCGGUCGAGGUUCCCUGACAGCGAACAUCCUCGUUACGGACCGACAUAUUUGGCCGACGAGUUCAUCACCCGAGUGACCAAAGCAGAGUCUCAAGAUCCGAUGAUUGAAGCAGUCGAUGCCUUGAAGAAGAACAAAAAGCACGUCCCUGCUCAGAUUUUGCGAGACCUUAUCUGUUCUUUACUAGAUACACUGAAGGCAUCGCCGAGUUCUUCAAAGUAUCCAAUGCUCCUGCAUUGCACGUUAGGAUUGAUUGAGAUACUAUUGAAUGGCAGUCAACCCCAACUUGUGCUCGAAGUGGCAUUGAGAUUAUGGAAGGAUUUCCCCAAUGAUUCCUCCAGCCAUCGAAAGGUGAGCCUCGUGAAGAUUGGAAGGUGCCUCACGCCAGAUCAAGCCAGCGGCAUAGUUCAAAGCCUCGUCGCCUAUGCAUGUGAUACAGUGCAAAACACACAAGCUACGGGCGAUAGCUCCGAAACCCCGGUAAUGAAAGUCACUACCGUCAAAAUGCUCGCGCAGAAUCUUUCCAGUGCGGACUUCGUUCCGCUUGCUAUUCGGGUGGACCUUCUCGAGAGGCUGUUCUACUCUAGAAAGCAUCUUGACAUUCGAGUGGAGAUAGUCAAGUCUCUGCUCAAAAUGGUCAGCCAAGAUAACAAGGCUCGCGUAUUCAAAAUUUUAUCUACGAUUUCCUUGUCAGCUGCAGGACCUAGUGAAAGGGACUGGCUUACCGAUAUUGACUGGCGCGCAGCGGAAGCCGGCGGCCCCUUGCCUCCCAUCCACUCUGAGCGCCCAAUCCUCACCUUGCUUGUCGGAGCUGCGUACUGUGAAUUCUCAAAAGAGCUAUAUUCGGAUUAUGUUCAAACAGUAGUGUUGCCUUUGUUGACAGAGUCUAUCCGCCAACACACCAGAUGGAUGACCCUCUUACUCUCACGGCUCAACCUUUCUCUGUCAAAUCUUGGUUUGACGGAGACAGACAUUGGCCCUUUCCGUUUCGGUCUAAUUGAAUCAGUUUUCCGGGAGUGGACACGCUACAUCCCGGCGACAUACUUGCAGUAUCGUCGCAGCUUCGAUUUUGUUUAUCUACAUCGUGAUUCUUUCAACCAAGUUGCUGAAGCACUUGACUUGUCCACGGACCCGAUAGUAAAGAAUGGCAACGUGCUGGGUCACUUGAACGCCCUGAUCGAGAACCACCACUAUCGACGUCCUUUGAGUUACGCCAGUCAAUUCUUAUCUGUCAUAGGUCCAAAAGAACCAAAAGUCAUCCCCGAUGAGCUUUUCCUUGAGGACUACAUGUCCCGAAUCGAAGUGUUCAGCAGAUCGCCAUUCGUGUACAAUUCUUCCUUAAAGAGGUACAACAUUCACCCAAGCUAUACGUUGGAGGCUUUAAAGGGGUUGAGGAAGGCUGCUCGGUCCCUCAGCGACAGUACAUUUGUCAGGAAGCUUAUGGUUGGUAUCGUCGAUGCUGCUGAACGACAACGGAAAGGAGGCUGGUCACCUGGUUUGACGGCUCAUCCUGUGACUGUCCCAUCUGCAUUUGAGUAUGGGGUUCAACUACUUCCGUGGGGAUCUCGCAACCCAGAAUCAUCCAUUUUGGACCUGCAAGGAUUCGCUUCGGGGAUUCUGGAGAUGAUCUCCAAGUAUGCUGCAGACCCAGUAUUGCUCAUCAAGAUCGAUGUUUUUGCGCCGAUCCUGGAAGAAGUUAGGAAAGAUGAUAAGGUACCAUGUGCUCUGUUGCUUGGAGAGGACCUCGGCGAUCGAAAUGAUCAACACUGGCUCGUCAAGGAAUGGGCGAAGGUUACAUUGUCAAUGAUGGUUUUGAAGGCCGCGAAGAAGGUAAAUGCGCCACUAGACGGGAGUGUAAUGGGUAUGGUGGAGAGAUGGAAGGGUAGUGAUAUCGAGAUGAUCCGGCAGAUUGCAUGGGAGUUUGAUUGGGGAAUCUGA